CUUGUUUUUUAGAAUUGGUGUUAGAUUUUGUUGAUCUCGAAAACUCGAAAGCUAAAAGUCCCAACAGUCCCGGACAGAGGUACAGGGACCAAUUCAAGGAUGCUUGCUACCCUCAUCCCCGGACUCCUUCUCAUUCAGGGAUGCUUCUCAGCCGUACAACCACACGAUAAGACUAUGAAGAAUCUCUUUGCACACACUGGGGCAUGUAAUACCCAGCACGGCAGAGAGCUUGAUGAUCCUGAUUACUAUGCCUCCAACUCCGGGAUGCCUCAUGACCCCUCCUCAUCUGGAUUCAUGGCCACCCACGGCACUCAUCGGUUUCUGGCAAUGCACGAGCAGACCGCUCUGUUAGUCGGAGAGGGAAAGCACGGAGUGUGGAGAUUCCAGGAAAAUGGAUUUAUCCGCAUUUAUCGGGGGGUAGGAAGAGAGGGUAUACCGCCACAAAAGAGAGAAGGUGUUCGAGAUUUGAGAAAAAACGUUGUCAUUGACGACGAUAUGGAAGAUAAGGAAAGUGCCUGGGAGAUCAACAGAUUGCUUAUUAUUCUUGAAAGAAACUACAUGCCUAUUGAUCCUAACUUUGACUUUGAUCAUCAAUUUGGAGAGGAAGUUUUUGAGCCUAAUGGUAGAAACUGGCUAAACUGGAUUGAUCUACCGAUCUACCAUGCAAGAUUUGGAGGAAAAUACAAGGAGCAUGUUCCCAUCGAUCUUCCCGUUUAUUAUUGCCAGAUGUCUUCGGCCGAAUUUCCUCAUAUGGGUGCAACGUGGCAUGUAAUGAAGGCCCAGCCCAAAGCAAACGUAAUAGGCCCACUUGGGAGGAGAGCGGGAAUGGACAUUAGAGAAAACUUCAACGACGUUAUCCGAUUCCGGCUUUUCGAUGAUGCUGGAUUUUGGGCGAACAUAGGGCAGGGGAACCCCGAAACAGACAAGAUGGCGAGCACGCUGGAGGAACUGAAGGAAAGAGCGCAGACAGCGAACUGGCAAAGAAUUGAUAAGGAUAAAAUUGGUUGGGAGGUUUAUGUUAUGGAACGUUCCUAUCACAACGCCAAAUCGACAUACCUCUCACUAGCAUUUGUUAUGCUAGAUAGCUCCACCCCUGAGCGAGAAAAGGAAUACACCUACAUUCGCCCUCAUGGAGAAUACUACAAUUACCUGGUUGAGAAAGGAUAUGAAAUUAAGAGUACUAUCCCUAAUAACAGCCCAACAGUUCCCAUCGAGAAUGAGACGGAAGUAAAAGAGGCGUAUGGUUUAGCCACGUAUGGACACCAUCAUAUGGCCCGAGUCAAAUAUGGAAUAGGGGGUGGUGCCUGCCCUCAAAAAGGGGGUGACGUUUCCAUUUACCCGUGGGGGGAUGCUGGAGGUGGGUGGCCUACCAAUUAUGAGGAGAUCACCCCGCUCUGUGACGCUUUCCUGAUCGACAUUAAAUUCUGGGUAAACCUGGACAAGCAAUGGACUGAACCUGAUAUGUUCCUUGGCAACGCCGGCCAUGACUACAGGGGACAAACAGCGGUGAUGUACCAGGCCCAGGCCAAUUGGUACGGCAAAUACUCUGAUCCUUACAAUGUGGAGAGAGGAGCAAAGAAUCCGUACGAGCUGGACAUGACAGAGGAUCACAAGAUCCAGGAGUUUCCUGGAGAGGACGAGGUAGUUCCCGUGGUCAAUUUCACCAUAGACUUUGGUGUAGUGGGAGAAGUGGAAGAAUAUUUCAAUACUGAGAUUGACUGGACUCCCAGAACGUGUCUCGCUGAUGAAAUAGAAGAUCAAGAUGGGCCAGUUGAGUCGCCUGUAAGGAAUACUAAUACAGCAGGGAUUGCAGCAGUUUCUGUUUACAUCUUAGCGAUAGUUUCGUUUAUCUGGGCUUAGAGAACAUUCAAUGAUGCAUUUUAGACUUACUGCCUAAUCUUAUUUAUAAUAAUAUGUAAACGGAUUCCGCUGAAUCGAGCUAGUCGGACUAAAAAGGAAAUUUCACGAAUUACUCGUGUCUUAGAAUUGGCUUAAAAUAAACUUGUUCGUUUGUGAUGAUUUGGCUUGCACAAAGUGAUAUAAAAAAUACGGUUCUGUACUAUUUUUGAUUAGCCUCGUCUUAUUUUAAUUAUCGGAAUAAUUGAAAUUAUAACAUAUUAUAUUCUUAAUACUCUAA